CUAUAAUAGCUACUAUAAAUUGGAUAGUGCAGUAAGAUUAACAAGAAUUUAAGCUUUCUGCCGAUAUCAGAUAUGUCUAUAUCCUGGGAAAUGUUCUUGUUACUUACAACCUCAUGCUAAUCACAUUAGCCUACGUGAGCUUAACCGUAACGCGGGGGAGGGGGCACCGAUCAAGUAGAGGUUAAAAUAAAAAUGAAAAAAUGGUAAUUAAAGCUGAUCCUACAUUUGAUCUUAAGUACAGAAAUCCACUGGAACAUAUCUCUUUCCCUUUUUAUCUUCCACCUCUAGAAAAGAUCUACCCUGACGGUGACCUGAAGGGUUCGUCGUCAGACAGCGAGGAUGAGGUGAUGGGCCAGUACCAAGAAGCAGUCAACCGAUCGCAGGGUCUCCGAGGCGGGGCUAGCGGCAGCCAGUCGAAUGGCUACGGCUGGGAGAUGAGGCAGAAGUACAGCCCCCUAUCAGCCGAGUAUGACGGCUACAGCAGCGAGGCUUCGGCAGAGGACGCGAACUGCAUCCAGAGGAUGAGGCGAACGCCCCCGCUGGAUGAGCUUCAACCACCACCGUACCAGGACGAGGACGGCUCCCCGCGGAUGUCCUACACACCAUCAGACCUGGGCGACGCCAAGUGCAACCUGUCCCAAAACAGCGACAGUCCCCAUCACUCCUACGGCAAGUGUCCGAGCGAGGCCAGCAAUGGACAGGAGACAGAGAGUUACUUAAACAAGGGGUAUGAGGAGGACAUACCCAGCGACAGCACAGCUGUGCUCAGCCCAGAGGACAUGUCAGCCCGGGGGUCAGCGUCUCAGCUCCCCAAGGGCUACGAACCGGAACCCCUGGCCAAAUAUGGCACUCUGGAUGUGGUGUUCGACUACAACUCCCAGGACCAGCGGCUGGCGGUGACAGUCACGGCCGCAACAGACAUCCCGGCCCUCAAGCGUACAGGCAACGUUGCCUGGCAGGUACAUCUGGUGCUGCUGCCCACAAAAAAGCAGAGGGCGAAGACGUGCAUCCAGAAAGGGCCCUGCCCGGUCUUCACAGAGACCUUCCGCUUCAGUCACGUGGAGUCAGAGAUGAUCGGCAACUACUCCAUUCGAUUCCGUCUCUAUAGUGUGCGGCGGAUGAAGAAAGAGAAGGUGCUGGGAGAGAAGGUGUUCUACCUCACCAAGCUCAACCUGCAGGGCAAGAUGUCGGUGCCGGUCAUACUGGACCCCUGCUGUGCCUUCCCUGGCGGUGAAUCACAGGCUAGUAUAUCGGAGAUGUCCUGCAGCGAAAGUGCCUCUUCAUUCCAGUCAGCCAGCCAUGGCUCCACACCAGAGAUCUUGGUAGGGCUCGUCUACAAUGCCACCACGGGCCGUCUCUCAGUGGAGAUCAUAAAAGGCAGUCACUUCAAAAAUCUGGCUGCCAACAAGCCACCCAAUACAUAUGUCAAGCUGACCUUAUUGAACUCAAUGGGCCAGGAGAUGUCCAAGUGUAAGACGUCGAUCUGUCAUGGCCAGCCCAACCCUACAUACAAGGAGACGUUUGUCUUCCAGGUUGCCCUCUUCCAGCUGUCAGACGUGACGCUCAUCCUCUCCGUGUACAACAAGCGCAGCAUGAAGCGCAAGGAGAUGAUCGGUUGGAUCUCGCUAGGCCUCAACAGCUCUGGAGAGGAGGAACUCACUCACUGGACCCAGAUGAAAGAGUCCAAAGGACAGCAGGUCUGCCGGUGGCACAGUCUGUUGGAAUCAUAGACCGACAGAAUACAGGAGGAAGCAAAGGUGGCUGAGAAGAAGGAAGAGAGGGAUGGGGAACAGUGGCACGGCUAAGCCCAUAGGUGUCUCUGCUCAGGUGAAACAUUCUUUAUGUGGACUGGGUUGAUGGGUUGGGCAUGGUGGGUGGUGUUAUGUGGUCUAGGCGAUGGCAAAUGACUUGACAGUGUUACUUAAAUCGUCUUUGAUUAGGAUGAACACUUGUCAAAGCUGAUACGAAAUUCCCUGCAGGGUCCUAGCAUCUUGUCAUGGUUGCAACACAUUUACAAUUUGACACAUUGGGUGAAAUAUUUACAGUGCAAAAUCUGUGCAGUAAUUGAAAGAGAUCAUAUUACUUCAAGAGUGCUUACUGCUCCAUCUAUUGUUUUCACAUGUAUUUGGGAAGCAAAGAUAGAUACAGUAUGUAUUGCAUAUCUGCACUGUUUAAUGCUAAACCUGGAUGAAUCAUCAAUUCUCUCACGUAAUUGUACAAUGAGAGGAAUAUGAAUACAUUCUGUUUUGACAAUAGCAGUGCUCUUUCGCAUUGUUAAGUACUUACAGUGCAUUCGGAAAGUAUUCAGACCCCUUGACUUUUUUCACAUUUUGUUACAUUACAACCUUAUUCUAAAAUUGAUUUAAUAAAAAAAUGUCCUCAUCAAUCUAUAUACAAUAUUCCAUAAUGACAAAGCAAAAACAGGUUUUUAGAAAUAUUUGCAAAUGUAUUAAAAAUAAAAAACAGAAAUAACUACAACUUGAUUGGAGUCCACCUGUGGUAAAUUUUAUUGGUUGGACAUGAUUUGGAAAGGCACACACCUGCCUAUAUAGGUCUCACAGUUGACAGUGCAAGUCAGAGCAAAAGCAAAGCCAUAGAGUUCCGAGACAGGAUUUUGUCGAGGCACAGAUCUUGGGAAGCCUACCAAAAAAUGUCUGCAGCAUUGAAAGGUCCCCAAGAACACAGUGGCAUCCGUUCUUAAAUUGAAUAACUUGAAAUCACCAAGACUCUUCCUAGAGCUGGCCGCCCGGCCUAACUGUCAGGGAGGUGACCAAGAACCCGAUGGUCACUCUGACAGAGCUCCAAAGUUCCUCUGUGGAGAUGGAAGAACCUUCAAAGAAGGACAACCAUCUCUGCAGUACUCCACCAAUCAGGCCUUUAUGGUAGAGUGGCCAGACUGAAGCCACUCCUCAGUAAAAAGGCACAAGACAUCCCCCUUGGAGUUUGCCAUAAGACACCUUAAGACUCAGAUCAUGAGAAACAAGAUUCUUUGGUCUGAUGAAACCAAAACUGAACUCUUUGGCUUGAAUGUCAAGCUGCACGUCUGGAGGAAACCUGGCACCAUCCAUACGGCGAAGUGUGGUGACAGCUCCAUGCUGUGGGGAUGUUUUUCAGCGGCAGUGAGUGGGAGACUAGUCAGGAUCGAGGGAAAGAUGAACGGAGCAAAGUACAGAGAGAUCCUUGAUGAAAACCUACCCCUUAGCACUCAGGACCUCAGACUGGGGUGAAUUUUCACCCUCCAACAGGACAACAACCCUAAGCACACAGCCAAGAAAACACAGGAGUGGCUUCAAGUCUCUGAAUGUCCUUGAGAGUGGCCCAGCCAGAGUCUGGACUUGAACCAGAUCAAACAUCUGAGAUGUUGCCAGAGAUCUGAAAAGAACUGUGCAGCGUCACUCCCCAUCCACCCUGACAGAUCUUGAGAGGAUCUGCACAGAAUAAUUGUAGAAACUCCCCAAAUACAGGUGUGCCAAGCUUUUAGUGUCAUACCCAAGAAGACUCUAAGCUGCUUUCGCUGCCAACGGUGCAUCAACAAAGUACUGAGUCGAAAUACUUAUGUAGUUUGUGAUAUUUCAGUUUUGUACUUUUUAUACAUUUGCAAACAUUUCUAAGACCUCUUUUUUCUUUGUCAUUAUGGGGUAUUGUUUGUAGACAGUCAAAACAUCAAUUUAAUCAAUUCUAGAGUAAAGCUGUAACGUAACAAAAUGUGGAAAAAGUCUAGUGGUCUGAAAACUUGCAGUGUGUUUUGCAGUGUGUUUUGAGUUGUGAGCUUGCAUUCUGAACAGAUCUUGAAUUGUGGUGGCAUUUGCGCUCUCGCAUUUGCUACCAUGAAAACCCUUUAAAAUUGCAAAUAGUUGCACAUCAUACAUGUUUUUGAACUCUAUCAAUCAUAAAAUAUAAUGCAAGUCCUUUAUAUUGCAGAACUUUAUGUUUAUGCAUUGUUUAUAGUACAUAGGGCAAGCAAAUUGGCUUCUCCAAACAGUGACCUGGUAGAGUUGUAGUGACAUGUUUUGGGGAUUUAGAGAUAACGAUCAAUUAUUACUCUAGAAAGUAAACAAAAUUAUUUAACAUAUUGUAUAGAUAAAUAAAAACGAGGCUAUUAAAAUACCUUUAUUUUUAUGAAUAACAAAUACAGCGUGUCCCUAAGUUUAUGCCAUUGGUGUUAUUCCUUGAAAAUCGAUCAAUGCAAAGAUAGACAAGGACUUUGAGCAUUCUCUGCUAAUCACAACCUUCUAGUAUGUCUCAAUACAAAAUGCCAUUGGUGUUACUCAAUUUAAAUGAAGGUAAAUUACAUUGUAAGCUAAAUUGAAUCAUAUCACUUUAGUAAAUUGUUCCAAUGUAUUCAUAAUUAGUCAAUAUUAUUUAAAGUAAUUAAGCUGCCAUAUUAGUUUAUUUAGAAUGUAAACAUGUACCAGAAUGCAUAAAAAAUCAAGUAUUCUUUCACAAUGCCAUGCCCAAAUGCCACCAGAAUUCAAGAAUGGCCCAGAUACAGAGAACUAGUUUGUCUAGAUUCAAGUUUUAAUGUCAUGCACAACUACAGUGAAAUGCUUUUUUGCAAGCUAUAACACCAACAAUGCAGUAAUCAAUAACAAUGUAAUACAAAAAAUAACAAAUAAGAAGAACACGAUAAAGUAAGUAAGCACAAUGCAGGAUAUUGUCGGGAACUGGAACAUGAUGUUGUACAUGUCGAUUUAGGGCAUCCCAAACAUGCUCAAUGUCUGGUGAGUAUGCAGUGUGUCAUGUCUGGUGAGUAUGCAGGCCAUGGAAGAACUUGGACAUUUUCAGCUCCCAGGAAUUGUGUACAGAUCCUUGUGACAUGGGGUGUUAUCAUGCUGAAACAUGAUGGCGUGAUGGUGGCAAAUGAAUGGCACAACAAUGGGCCUCUGGAUCUCGGCACGGUCUCUCUGUACAUUCAAAUUGCCAUCGAUAAAAUUCAAUUGUGUUCAUUGUCCGUAGCUUAUACCUGGUCAAACCAUAACCCCACCGCCACCGUGGAACACUCUGUUCACAACAUUGAUAUCAGCAAGCUGCUAGCAGACAAGGCACCAUACACAUGGUCUGCGGUUGUGAAGCCUGUUUGACAUACUACCAAAUUCUCUAAAACAACGUUUCAGGUGGCAUAUGGUAGAGAAAUUGACAUUAAAUUCUCUGGCAACUGCUUUGGUGGACAUUCCUGCACUCAGCAUGCCAAUUGCACACUCCCUUAAAAUUGAGACACUUAUGGCAUUGUGUUGUGUGACAAAACUGCACAUUUUAAAGUGGCCUUUUAUUUCCCUAUGAAAUGAUUGUGCUGUUAAUUCAGCUUCUUGAUAUGCCACACCUGUCAGGUGGAUGGAUUAUCUUGGCAAAGGAUAAAUGCUUACUAACAGGGAUAUAAACAAAUGUGUGCACACAAUUUGAGAGAAAUAAGCUUUUUGUGUGUAUGGAAAGUUUCUGGGAUCUUUGAUUUGAGCUCAUGAAACAUGGGACCAACUAUACACAGGUUCACUUUGAGUCAAGACCAACAUACAGCUGGCUAAUUUUCAGCAAGUGUGGAACUUGUUUAGAAAAACUGCAUGCUGUCUGAUGAUUGUUGACUAGCGCUUGCCUAGUCCCUUUCCCAGAGUGAAAUAUUUGAUCCAAAUAUGCCUAUAUAAACAUGCUUAUUAAUAGGAUAGCAGACUAAAGCCCGGUACAGAUACAACAGCCGACAUAAUGAGAGGCAAGAUUAGAAAAACUAGCCCAUUUCAUGUGUUGUGUUGUAAAACAGCAGACUAAAGAUAGGGCAUUCAGGUAAAAAAUACAAGAGAUGCGGUUAAGACCGUUUCCACAGUAACGUUCCCUCUUUACAAUGACGUAAUAAAAGUUUGAAACAAAAUUGCCAUUUGUUGUAGCAAGGUGCUGUAACAAACGAGUAUCAUGAAAUACAUGCACCAGAAACAGGGCCCACUUUGAGACUAGGCUAACUGAUUGCAGCAAAACAGCUGCUUGGCUAAACACAUAACUUCAGCACACUGUUCUCUGAUUGGCUAAAAAGACCCAUCUCAUCUCAAGUCUUUAGCCAAGGUUUGACAUGUUGAAUCUUGGAAACUCCAGAAGCCGACUUGAGAUGUUCUAAAACUAGACUGCUCAGAUCAAGAAAACAUUGUUUUAAAACAGCAUAAAACCGUCUCGUCUCAGCUGUUGUACCUGUACCGGGAUUAACAAUGGAAAAAGAGGAAACUGUCUUGAUGAGUGAAUGGUCUAAGCCAGGGCUCUCCAACCCUGUUCCUGGAGAACUACCCUCCUGUAGGUGUUCAAUCCAACCACAGUUGGACACACUAACCUGAUUCAGAUUAUCAACCAGUUAGUUAUUAGAAUCAGGGUUGGAGCGGAAACCUGCAGAACCGUAGCUCUCCAGGAACAGGGUUGGAGAACCCUGCUCUAAGCUAAGUGACUGCACUCUCACAUACCAAUCUGACUGGUUGGUCUAAACUUUUAAGCAUUGCUUGUUUCUCACAAUGACGUUACUGGCCUAAUGUACGUGGGGAGUUGGAGUUAGAAAGGUGGCGUGUUUUGAUCCAGAUUCAAUUGCACAUGUACUCUCCACACAUUUCCUAAUUGGAAGUGCUUGGGGAAUAGCACUCCUGAUGUGUGUUGUCAUAUUACCAAAAAGUGACACUUUGAGUGCACAAUAUUAGUAGGAGAUAUUUGAGCUUCUACUUUAAUAACAAUAGCAAAUUGGAGAUGUGAAUAAUUGUUGGUGGUCAAUCAAGCAGGUGCAAGUGCCACACAUGCCCUUCAACUAAGCAAGUUUUUCACAAAACCAAGGGAAUUCUGAGCCUUCGUUUAACGAUGAUGGAUAGGGAUCUUUAGCAGCCUUAUCUAAUGAUGUGUCACUUGGUUAUUUGUACCUGCAUUCAGUUUGCUUCAACGUUUGCUACGUUGUGUGACGGAUUGCACUGAACGACAUGUUUUCCUUGAAUGGUGUGCACUGUUCUUCAACAGCUUUUGAGGUACGUUUGCACCCGUUUGGUGGGUGUGGCAAGGUGUGGCCUGAUCAAUAUGGCUGUGACCUGUGCCAGGCACAGCUGUCUAAGACGCUGCGUCGCAGUGUUGAGGCGCCACUACACCCUGUGGGUUGAUCCCAGGCUGUGUCACAGCCGGCCGUGACCGGGAGCCCCAUAGUGCCCACACAAUUGGCUCAGUGUCGUCUGGGUUAGGGGAGGCUAAGGCCAGGGGGAUUUCUUUAGCUCAUUGCACUCUUGCAACUCCUUGUUGCGGGCCUUUCACCUGCAAGCUGACUUCGGUUGUCAGCUGAGCAAUGUUUCCUCCAACACAUAGGUGAGGCUGGCUUACUGGUAAAGACAGAAGUGUUUUAAGAAGCAGCGCUUGGCGGGUCAUGUUUCGGAGUAUGCAUGACUCAACCUUCACCUCUCCUGAGCUCGUUGAGGAGUUGCAGCGAUGAGGCAAGAUCGUAACUACCAGUUGGAUAUCAUGAAAAAGGGGGUAAAAUUACAAUUUAAAAAAAUAUGGAUGUGACCAUUUGACAUCGCAAACCUUGUGCAGUAAUCACCCUCUGGGCCACCAUAAUCUCAACGCUUUUCAACUGGUUGUUCAGUACCGUUACAGUACUGUCUAAUAUAGCAUUGUCACUCAUCUGUUCUUUAUUAUUUCUCUUUUCCCUGACCCCUGGUGCUGUGUGCUGUGGGGGCACAACAAGAAUCCCAUUCACUUGCCGUACACUCUAGGUUUCUCCUUUCUCCUAAAGCGUACAGUUGUAAAAUAUAAAAGCAUUGGAUUGGUGGAGACAUGGGCUAGUGGGAGUUUCCGCCAUAUUUCUUAUACGAAUCAUUUCCUUUCAAAUCAUUGAAGGGAAGUGAACAAGUGCACACAUUGGGAGGAGAGAUAAUUGGGCCAUAGCUCUUGUUCUACCCGUUAUUGAUCCUCCUGUUGGUGUAGGAUCCAUUCAAAGGCCAAUGGAGUCCAGUGAGCUUUCUUGUAGGGGUAAAGGACAAAUGGAGCACAUUCACAACUCUCACGCAACGUUACAGUGCCAAAAUGUGCAAAAAGCAUAUAAUUUAAAGGAAAAGUCCAACUUAAUAAAGGAGACAAAAGAAACUACCGGUCACUCCGGACAGAAUUAAAUAAUUUUGCAUUACAUUUCAAAGUGCACAACUAGUAUGGCUGGUACGUGGUUGUUGCUUUUUCUGUGGAGUAUCACAAAUCCUGUAUAUGUUCCACUACUUAACUGUUCUAUUUGACUACAGCAAAGAUACUUCUCACUUCUUGAUUGUUACAUCCUGUAUACAAUAAAUUCAAGAAAAUGUUGAUCUAUUUUUGUAUUGAUAGUGGGAAAUAGCUCUGUGAGAAGUUGUUUUUAGUCACAUACGUUGUUCAAACACUUUAGUUGAUUUAUUUCUUUAUAUAUGGAUAAAUAAUUUGAACAGUAGAGCAAAGCAACACACUUUUCCUGUUUUUUUGUUGUUGUCAAAAUAAGAUGCUGUAGGGAAUUGAAUAAUACAAAUAAAAACUAAAUGUAUGGGGGGGAUGUUGUCUCUAAGUGCUGUUGUCAGCAUUACUUAGAGAAGCAAUGUGUAUUUCUUGUACAGUUCUUUAGCUUGUAACCCCCAUCUCCCCCCCAAAAAAGGAUAAAGAAAUAAGAAAGGAAAAUAUGUAGAGUCAACUUCCACAAGAAGUCCCACAGUACACCAGCACUCUCUCUCUCUCUCUCUCUCUCUCUCUCUCUCUCUCUCUCUCUCUCUCUCUCCCUAUCUCUCUCCCUAUCUCUCUCUCUUUCUCUCUCUCUCUCUCUCUCUCUCUAUUCAAUCAGAGGUGUAGGCUUUUUGUCCAGAAUAAGACGAGUGUGAAAGUGUCAGUCCUCCACCAAAUGUUUCAAUCAUCCAGUGGCAGUCUCUCAAGAUGUCAAUAUUUUUUAUGAGGUAACACCCCAAUCCUAUUGCCAUUUUUAACACAUAUGUACACACUUGCACAGUUACUACUGGUAUUUGCCUAUUUACUGUGUGUAAACAUUGUCCUGAUAUACAGUAUGUAGGAUUUUAUCAAAUUUCAGUAAUGUAGUAAAAAGAAAUCUACUCAAAUUUUAGACUCCACAAAUACCAGCACUGAAAUCCCAUGGCACAUUUUGUUAUUACAAUGUACCCUUGCAUGAGAAACAUCGAUGAUACACAUUUCAACCCUUUCCUAUACAUUUUGUAAUUGUUAGACAAGUUCUAGUGUCAGCAAAUUUUGUCAGACGCUGAUAGACAUUCCGAAUGAUAACACCAUUGACCUAAAUGUUUUGUUACCAAAGAAACAGCAACUAAGAAGACAUCUGCUUGUGUCAUGUUAUGACAGAAUUCACAGAUUUUCACCAGCAUUACAACAGAUAAAUCUGAAUUAGCCUGCGGGGUCUUGCACUCAACAACCCGCCUGUGUGUAACGCAAUGCGAAUGCAUUUAUAGGUAUUUAAAGUAUACAUGCUGCCAUAGGGAGCCAUAAACUGUGAUAAAAGCGUAUAUAACGUUUUUAGAAUGCAGAAUGUAAUUAUUUCUGAAUAUAUUGAUGGCCUAUAUGUUUUUAUAAAAGGUGUUAUGAAUGCUUAUAGUCUUAUAAUUCACUUUGGAAUUUGGGCUCAUAAUGCAGCAUGGAGUGAUAUACUGUAAGUCACUAUAAACUAUUAAUAAUGCAUUAUGCAGUGGUGUAAAAUACUAAAGUAAAAAUACUUUAAACUACUACUUUAAGUAGUUUUUUGGGGUAUCUGUACUUUACUUGAUAUGUUUUUGACAACUAUUACUUUUACUUCACUACAUUCCAAAAUACAAUUAUGUACUUUUUACUCCAUACAUUUUCCCUGACACCCAAAAGUACUCAUUACAUUUUAAAUUCUUAGCAGGAUAGAAAAUUGUCAAAUUCACACACUUAUCAAGAGAACAUCCCUGGUCAUCCCUACUGCCUCUGAUCUGGCUGACUCAUUAAACACAAAUGCUUUGUUUUUAAAUGAUGUUUGAGUGUUGGAGUGUGACCCUGGCUAUCCGUAAAUAAAUAAAAACAAGACAAUUGUGCCGUCUGGUUUGCUUAAUAUAAGGAAUUAUAUUAUUCGUACUUUUACUUUUGAUACUUCAGUAUAUUUUAGUAACUACAUUUACUUUUGAUACUUAAGUAUAUUUAAAACCAAAUACUUUUAGACUUUUACUCAAGUAGUGUUUUACAGGGUGACUUUCACUUUUACUUGACUAUUUUUCCAGUAAGGUAUCUUUACUUUUACGCAAGUAUGAAAAUUGAGUAUUUUUUCCACCACUGGCAUUAUGCACUGGUGGUGCAUAGAAAGUGCCAAGGCUGGCAGUUGAUAGCACAAAGGACACAGCACAGUGACUCUGUAUAAUAUGGAAAACAUUUAGGUUUGGCACCCUUUUUUGUAAAUCUUUCACACUACCAUGGCUUGAAACGUAACAUGUUUACAAGUAUGUUAUAUGCUUUGCAUUAUUAUUAUUUUGUCAAUUAGUUGAUUUACAUAGUAGUUUUAUUCAGUUUUUGAUUCAUUUUCUUGCUUUUUAAAAACUGCCUAAACCACCGAUUCGAUCGGCUCUAUACAUUUUUCUCUUGGGAAUUACUACGACUUUGUGUCACUGUGUGUAAAUGUACUUCUGUACUUACCUGUGUACUAGAGAUCAGAUUUGAUUUGUAAGAAUGUAUUUUAUGAUUAUUAUUGAUUAAAAAAGGAUUUCUUUGGCAUCAAACACAA